UUCAAGUCAUUCAGAAUGCUUACGUCCGCCCUCACCUUUUCUGCCCUUCUGGUCUCGGUCCGCGCCCAAUUGGCUGGGACCCUAAAGACAGAAACUCACCCCCCUCUCAGUGUCAGUCAAUGUACCGCUAGUGGAUGUACCUCGAAAGCACAAUCCAUUGUAAUUGAUGCCAACUGGAGGUGGCUUCAUACCAAAGAAGGGUAAGGGUACUUUCUUUGUUUUUGUGUUAUCAGGCAGGGAAAGUGCUGAUGAAGUAACUAUAGGUAUACCAACUGCUAUACUGGUAAUACCUGGAACGCGACUGCUUGUCCGGAUGGGAAAAAAUGUGCCGCAAAUUGCGCCUUGGAAGGAGCUGAUUACUCUGCCACCUAUGGAAUUACGACCUCUGGCAACUCAUUGAAACUUAACUUUGUGACCAAGGGAGACAAUGUCAACGUUGGUUCUCGUACAUACCUUAUGGCCAGUGAUACGAAAUAUCAAAUGCUUAAGGUACGAAAGCUCCCCUCUGAUUCUCUAACCAGAAAUUUCAUAAUAGUGGCCGAGACUUGGUUAUACAGUCUCCAGCUGCUCCCAAUUAUCUCCUCAGUUAGAGAAAGUUAUGCUAAGAAAUUCGCAGCUCAUGAACCAAGAAUUCACAUUUGACGUAGACGUGUCCAAACUUCCCUGCGGUUUGAAUGGCGCUCUUUAUUUCUCUGAGAUGGCCGAGGAUGGUGGCUUGUCCAAAUAUUCGACAAACAAGGCUGGUGCAAAGUUCGGAACGGGAUACUGCGAUGCUCAGUGCCCUCAAGAUGUAAAGUUUAUCAAUGGAGAGGUAAGUUUUGUUCUAAGUGAUGUUGAAGAUAGCUUUGGCUCACACUUCCACAGGCAAACUCGGUGGGUUGGAACCCUGCCUCCAAUGACCCCAAUGCUGGAGGCGGGCAAUACGGAACUUGCUGUAACGAGAUGGAUAUUUGGGAAGGCAACUCCAUCUCAACUGCCUACACUCCGUAAGAAAGAUUCACCGAAAAUGGAGUUAUAUGACUGACAAUGUGAUAGUCAUCCUUGCUCCGUCACAGGACAGACUCGAUGCGAGGGAACUGACUGUGGAAUUGGAUCCCGAUACUCCUCUCUUUGUGACGCAGACGGGUGUGACUUCAAUUCUUUCCGUAUGGGAAACACUGGCUUCUACGGUCCUGGUGCAACUCUCGACACGGCCAAGCCAAUGACCGUGGUCACUCAAUUUAUCUCCACCGAUGGAACUGCUAAUGGUGACCUGAAAGAGAUUAAGCGAUUCUAUGUCCAGAACGGAAAGACAUUUGCUAACUCUGAUUCUACCAUUGAGGGCGCCGAAGGUAAUUCUCUGACUGACGACUUUUGUGCCAAGCAGAAGGUAGCUUUUGGAGACCAGAACGUCUUCAAGGACCGGGGAGGACUUAAGGCCAUGGGCGGGGCCAUCAAACGGGGAAUGGUUCUGGUUAUGAGUAUCUGGGAUGACCAUACCGCUAAGUACGUUUUUAUCCCUUUUUUAUGUCAAACCAAGUUGAAAACUGACUUCAAUUCUUAGCAUGCUCUGGCUCGAUGCUCCGUAUCCACCAGAGAAAGAUGCGUCGGCCCCCGGUGUCUCUCGAGGAACAUGCUCGCCUGAUUCCGGCAAGCCAGAAGAUGUCGAGAAGAACAGCGCAAGCGCCUCCGUCACCUACUCUAACAUCAAAUGGGGACCCAUUGGCUCCACCUUCAAGGCACCUGCCAUUAAGGGGCGCGCUUAG